AUGGAAGCAGAGUCUAUACUCCAUAGUCCUUUACAGAAUUUGUCCUUUUUGUAAAAAAUAUUGAUAUUUAAAAUAUUGCUCUUUAUUCAUUCUAAUAUUAAUGACUAUUUGUAUUUAAAAAAAAUAAGAAUAGAAGACUUUUAUUUUUAUUACUUUAUAUAUUUUUAUUUAUAUUUAUUCUAUAAAAAUCUAUACUUUUCAUAUAAUAAAAUUCAUAAAAUAAAGUCUUUUCUUCAAUUUUGUUUACUAGGAAGUUAACAUUAAAAAAAUAAAAGCACUUUACUUAAUGCUUAAUUAAAAAAAAUAUAAAACAUUAAAUUUCAAAGAUUGAUUAUACCCAAAGCAAAUCAAUCAAUCAAUUAAUUUAAAAAGGUCAAAUAAAUAUUCUUUUGA